CGCCUGCCGGCUGCUGCAUCUAGCCUCUGCCCUGGCCUGAAGUGGAUCUGGAUCCCUCGCAGUCCCAGGGUGCAGCUGGUCCUGGUUGACAUGGAGCACGAGGCUGAGGAGCCAAGACGGUGGCAGACUGCGCACCAACCGGUCCUGGAUAACGAGAGAGCAAUGUCCAUCUUGGAUAUGUCUCUGUCUUUCAGAAGUGGCGGAGUACACACCGCUUGGAACCACAGCCCACUAGACACUCAACACUGUCCUCAGGGCGCAGAGAUGUUAGGGACCUUUUUGGUGUCUGCUGAGGCACCUGUGCAGAAUAUGGGUGAAGUGGGGCCCCAGUUCGAUGUGUUACUACCUGAGUACUCUGUGAACUGUUGUCCCCAAGCGGCUCUUAUCCCUUCCCAGAUGACUUACUGUCAGGGAGUCUCUCCCUCCCAGCCAGGGAUGAUGAUGUGCGAGGAGCCCCAGAUGAUGAUGCCUUUGGGAGAGCCCGGUAUUCCAGGAAUGGCCAGGACCUUCAGUGAGAAUCUGAAGAUACCCUCCAACAGUCUGCCAGUCCCAGAUUCAAGUGGCAUCUCCGUGUCCCACACUAGUGCCCCAACAAUGCCUUAUUCUGAUCCCCGAUUACUACCUUCUCUCAGACCCUCUUUAACUCCUAAAAUGUUAUGGGCCCCAAACAACAUGCCCUCCACUGAGACCCAGCCUGUGCUCCCCUCCAUGGUUCAGAUGUUGCCGCCUAGAGAUCCCUAUGACCUUGUGAUGCCCUCAGAUAGGUCCCAGUCUCUGCCGACCUUAGACCCCCUUGAUGCUCUUGUGGACAAGUCAGACUGCCAGGAAGACCUCUUCCUACCUGAGCCACCCAUCCAGGCUCCAAGGAGAGCAGACAACUCCAGUGGCCAGAAAGCAGCACCCAGGAGGAAAUCUCCCCUUUCAAGGCCUUAUCGCUGUCAGUAUAGGAACUGCGGAAAAGCCUACACCAAGCGCUCUCACCUUGUGAGUCACCAGCUCAAACACACAGGUGAGAAGCCUUAUAGAUGCACCUGGGAAGGCUGCCCGUGGGCUUUUUUUCGUUCUGAUGAGCUUGGACGACAUAUGCGGAUACACACCAGGUAUCGACCAUAUGAAUGUGAUCAGUGUGGCCGACAGUUCAUGAGAUCUGACCAUCUCCGGCAACACCAGAAGACUCAUCAGCGCCUGCCAGGGCAGGUCAGCAAUGGACAGACAGGUGGUCCUUUUGCUCCUGGUCUUUAGGUCUAUCUCUUCCUCAGUUUUGUUUCUCUACCCAGUUGCUGCCUGCCUCCAACCAACUCAUCUCUUGGUAGGAGCAGUUUAGAUGAAGACGGAAGUUUAAGAGGCAACAUCAAAGCCCAGAUGAAGCUCUGGACUCCAUCAGAGUUUCCUCAAAUCCCUCAAAGCCUGUCUUGAAUGGCCUCGCCUCGCUGGGGACACCUACUGUUGAAGUUUUGCCAGACAGGAAGAUGAGCACAAUGGAGAUUGAGAGCUUUAUUUAAAAGCUCUUUAUCAAGUCGCUCCCUGGCCUGAAACCUUUUAGUGACUCUCCUUUGCUGCUACAUAAAAUCCAUGGUUUGGUCUUCCACAGUUUCCAGAGCCAGACUAUGUUCAAAUCUUGAACUUUCCACUCACUAGCCAUGUGACCUUGGGAAAAAUCUGUGAUCACUAUACCUUAUUUCCCCUUCUGGAAAAUGGGAAAGACGUACUGGCCUGUA